UGUCAGUCAGCAAGUGACCAAGCAAAAUUUUUUAAUAUUCAUUCAUCAUAAAAAUAUUUUAGUGUUUUUCAAUUUGUUGUUCAAUUACUGAUCCACUAAUAAUAUCAGCGUAAUGGCAGACACUCUUUUCACCGAUAGUGGCCGAUUGGUCAAAAUGGAAGUCGAUUAUUCUGGAACCGUCGAUGAAAAGCUUCCAAUCUGUGAAAAAUUAGCCAAAGAAGGUAAAUUGAAAGAAGCAUUAGAUAUAUUGCUUUCGUUGGAAAAACAGGCCCGUACCGGAUCCGAUACUCAUUCGACUAGCCGAAUAUUAAUUGCUAUAGUUAAACUAUGUUUUGAAUCGGGUGAUUUUAAGUUACUCAACGAACAGAUCGUGACAUUAACAAAACGUCGUUCGCAAAUCAAACAAUCUGUAACAAAAAUGAUUCAGGAAUGUUGCAAUUAUGUGGAUAAAAUCAAGGAUAAAGAAACACAAUUGAAAUAUAUUGAAACAUUGCGAACAGUAACUGCUGGUAAAAUCUAUGUUGAGGUUGAACGUGCCCGACUUACUUUGAAAUUGGCCCAUAUGAAAGAAGCUGAAGGUAAAGUUGAUGAAGCGGCCACUAUCCUACAAGAACUUCAAGUUGAAACUUAUGGUUCAAUGGAAAAAAAGGAAAAAGUUGAGAUGAUUCUUGAACAAAUGCGUCUUUGUUUGGCACGUAAAGAUUAUAUUCGAACUCAGAUAAUAAGCAAGAAAAUUUCGACAAAGUUUUUUGAUAAUCCUGAAAUGCAUGAAUUGAAAUUUAAAUAUUACAUGUUAAUGAUUGAAUUGGAUCGAUCGGAAGAUGCUUUCCUUAACAUAUGCAAACAUUACAUGGCCAUUUAUAACACAGAUGCGAUCAAAAAUGAUAUGCAAAAACGUUGUUCGAUUCUGAAAAAUUGUGUUGUCUACAUUAUUCUGGCGCCAUACAAUAAUGAACAAUCCGAUUUGAUUAAUCGUCUUAAGCUAGAAAAACCAAUCAAUGAACUUCCCAAUUAUUUGGAAAUAUUGAAAUUAUUUACUACUUGGGAAUUGAUACGUUGGCAAACGUGGGAAGCAUCCGUAUCACAAUUACUACGUACGGGUAAUAAAUCAAAUGAUUUUGAAGCCGAACCAACCGGUGUAUUUCCAUUUAAUGAUGAAGGAAAUAAAAAAUGGAAUGUUCUUAAAAAUCGUGUUGUCGAACAUAAUAUUCGUGUUAUGGCCAGAUAUUAUAGCAAAAUCACUUUGAAACGAAUGGCUGAUCUAUUGGGAUUAACACAGCCUGAAACAGAAGAAGCAUUAAGUCAAUUAGUUGUUUCAAAAACUAUUUGGGCUAAAAUUGAUCGAUCAUUAGGUGUUAUAAAUUUUGAACAAAGUAAAGAUCCUAAUGAAGUACUAAAUGAUUGGUCAUCAAACAUUGAUUCAUUAAUGAAUUUGGUUGGCAAAAUGAAUCAUUUGAUCAAUAAAGAAGAAAUGAUUCAUCAAAAUUAUGGUGACAUGAUGACUGCUUAAGUAUUUUCUUUUAAAUCUA